CGCAAAUUAUUGAUUCGCUUAUGAUCCAACGUCACCUCGAACGCGUAAUCGAUGCGAAGAUCGAAUCCAUCCUUGAAACACAUAUCCUGAAGGAAAUCGUUCAGGGGACCGUCGACAGUGCUUUGAGCGAGUGUUGUGACAAGGUCUUGGAUGAAUGCGAAAUGCAUAAAAAUGAAUUUAGCGAGCAUGUUGACGAUAGUAAGACCGACGUACGCAUCACAGCCGAUGAUUGUAUGAAGGAGAUGGAAGAACAAGCCCAAAAGCACAUGGAUGAAAUAGAAGAGAAAGCGCAACAGUAUAUGCAUAGGAUUGAGGAUCAGGCAGCAGAGGCUGAGAUGUCUGCGCAGAAAACGGGACGUAAUUUACAGCGAUGGUUGGAAACGUCUGCCCAGUCUCUACCUGCGAGCAAAUCAAGGCCUAGCCAGGGGGUGCUGAGCACCAAGGGCAGACGCAGCUCCUUCUAGUGGAUUGGUAAUAGACACGCAGCUCCUAACAUUGUUGUCAUGGACUUCAAUGGUUUAUAGGCUCGUAAAACAAUCAGUGAAUGAACCAGCAUUGAAAGAUUCGACGGGCGACUUCAGUUGAAGGGGACUGUCAAAAGCCCGACAGUAGAUCUGUAGCCGAACAGCCAGUGUGACACUGGAUGACUUUUGAAACAGCGAACACUUCUCUGCAAAAUGCAGGACAAGCCCA